AUGCGGCCGCCUCGCGUCCCGCCGCAGCCGGCGGCGAGGAGCGCUGCGUGGCCCAUCGGCCUGCUCGUCGCGCUCUGCUUCACCACGCUGCCGCUCUUCCUCGCGCUCUCGCCCGGGCGGCCGUCCCUGCUCGACCUGUGGCAGCAGAUGGGCAUCAGAGUUACCGUGCACUACGAUGACGAGACGAGGCCGUCGGAGCCGUCCGACCCCCCGCCGGAGAGGGAGACCCGGGACGUCCUCCUGGGCGGGCUGCUCUCGCCGGACAUCGACGAGGCCUCCUGCCGGAGCCGGUACCUCUCCUCGUUCUACCGCGCGCCGUCGCCGCACUCGCCGUCGCCGUACCUCGUCUCGCGGCUGCGCAAGUACGAGGCGCUCCACCGCCGGUGCGGCCCUGGCACGCCCUCCUACGACAAGUCCGUGCGGCAGCUCGCCUCCGCCCACCACAGCAUGGGCCUCGCCGAGUGCAGCUACCUCGUGUGGACGCCCGGCAACCACCUCGGCGACCGCGUGCUCUCCAUGGCGUCGGCUUUCCUCUACGCGCUCCUCACCCGCCGCGUCUUCCUCGUCGACAUGGCCAGGGACAUGGCGGGCCUCUUCUGCGAGCCCUUCCCGGGCGCGUCGUGGGAGCUACCCCCGGGCUUCCCCGUGCAGAACCUCACGCGGCUCCGCCGCGGCAGCGAGCACAGCUACGGGAACCUGCUGGGCGCCAAGAAGGUCAGCAACGAGGACCCCGCCGGCGUGCGGUCCGAGUCGCUGCCGUCGUACGCGUACCUCCACCUGGCGCACGACUACCAGCUGCCGGACCAGCUCUUCUUCUGCGACGACGACCAGACCGUGCUGGGGAAGGUGAACUGGCUGGUACUGCGGUCCGACCUCUACUUCGCGCCGGGGCUGUUCCUCGUGCCGCAGUUCGAGGACGAGCUCCGGUGGAUGUUCCCGGCGGCGGACACGGUGUUCCACCACAUCGGGAGGUACCUCUUCCACCCGUCCAACAAGGUCUGGAAGAUCAUCGCAGGGUACUACACGUCGUACCUGGCCAAGUUCGACGAGAAGAUUGGGAUUCAGAUCACGACCCUCGCCUGGAACCCCGUGUCGGCGGAGGCGUACUUCAAGCAGAUCACGGCGUGCACGAUCCAGGAGAAGAUCCUGCCCGAGGUCGACCCCGACGCGGCGUCGACCGACUACGAAGCGGCCGCGACGUCGAAGGCAGUGCUCGUCAGCUCGGCGCAGCCGGAGUACGCCGAGCGGCUGAAGUCCAUGUACUACGAGCACGCCACGGUGACCGGCGAGUCCGUCAGCGUGCUGCAGCAGCCAGGCGCAGGAAAGCAACCGCAAAACCAGAAGUUGCUGGUGGAGAUGUUCCUGCUGAGCUACUGCAACGUGUCGGUGGUGAGCGGCUGGUCAACGGUGGGGUACGUCGGCCACGGCCUCGCCGGGGUGAAGCCGUGGCUGCUGCCGCCGCCGCCGAGGAACCAAACGGUGGCCAGCCCGCCCUGCGUCCGGGCGACGUCGAUGGAGCCGUGCUUCCACGCGCCGCCGAGUUAUGAUUGCAGGGCCAAGAAGAACGGGGACCUCGGUGCCGUUCUCCGGUAUGUCAGACACUGCGAGGAUGUGGACGAUGGCCUUAAAUUGUUUGAUUGAUUUUGGUCAGAUCAGAUCAAGUAACAUUAUCAAAUUUCCAGAAGUCGAGAAUCAAAAGAGAAUUCAGAAUAACAAUUUUCUUCUGAUAAAUGUAUUUAUAAGCAAAGGUACAUACAUGCAGCAAAUUGCAUGCCCCAAUUUUUUCUCCUUGGGAGGGAAUUGCAUGUACACGAUUUGACCUGCAUUGUU